AUGGGUGGCAGCGACGAGGUCAUUGUCGCAGUCGUGGCGCUCAUCGUCUCCGUCGUGGCCCUGUCGGCGACCUUUAUGCAGGUGCUUCAACAGUACUAUGCCUCGGCGUCGGGCUACUCGCAAUGCAACGACAAGGUCAUGGGGGCGUGGGCGAGAACAAAAUCACGGCGCUUCUCGUGGGAGGAGCUGCGGUUCGAGGUGCAGUUCGACGCGCCCGUCAUAUUCGUCUCGCCCCCGGACAACAAGAAUGGGCCCAUCCUCGGCGCCCCGAUAUACUUUCUCGACGGGACGCAGCGGAGCAUGGAGGAGACGCACACGGCCGACGAGAUGGACCUGCGCAAGGAGUACCACUCCCGGUCUGUGAAGGAGCGGAUACACACGGCCGACAACGAGCGCGCCUCCUGGCUGUCGCUGCUCUACGCCGUGCAGAGGAUGGAAGCCAAGUCGCUCGAGUGGCAGCAGAAGCGCUACGAGCAGCUGGGUCCGCCUGGCAACUUGUGCGAGAAACACGGGCUGCCGCAGAAGCCCCCCUCGCUCCAGGAGAGCCACACCCUCACUGUAGCGCUGCAGCGCAAGCGCAGGAGCUGGGACACGAUGCCGUCCUCCGUGUCGAAGCCGUACGCCACGACCACCAUGUGCCAUCUCAUCGAGAUGAUGGCCGCCCUUGGUGUCUACUGGAAGGAGUUUGACCGGCGACGGGAUCGCUACCGGGGCGAGGGAAAUGGCUUCAUGGUCCUGGGAGAGAGAAUCAGCGACCUGGGCCUCAUGUUCGCCUUUCAGGUGUACGGCGAGUGUCGCUUCGAGUACAACCGCGUCAUCCCUGUCGACUACAUCAAGGAGCUAUGCUUUGGCUACGUGCCCACCAUCUACCGCGAGACGUUUGACCAGCGGCGACUCGGCGCCCCGAGCGAUGAAGUCGAGAACUUGGGUUCCUUGCAGAUGGCCAGCAGGAGAGAGGUUGCCGAGACCCUCGUCGUCAUUGGAUGCAACAAGAACACCGUCCAGUACUAUUUGGAAGAGGAUAGCACGACGACACACCUUUUCCCGUUCUCGUUUGAGAUCCUGGGCAUGCUGAGCCAGACGUUUCACAUCAAAAACAGCUACUUUACUUAUAUACCCAACCCAACGUCUGACUGUUGGGACGAGCGGUCACUGUCACUCGUGGGGGUGCUGGAAGCCUACAAGGACUUUUCGGCUGUCCGCCUCCCGGGGGCUACCCGCAACGAAUCUAUAUAUGGCCGCAUCGUUGCCCACAUCGAAACGAUACUGAGCCACCAAAACAACGGAGACGCCGCUUCGCAGCUGCUGCUCCUUGCGGCGCUUCACAACGCUCUGGACGAUGCCGACGAGGUCUUGACGGCCAAGGCCAAGGGGUCCUGCCCUCCGACAGAUCCGCCGAGGUCGCACAAGAGCUCGUUAUCCCGCGGCAACAAGAGGCCCACGCCCGCCCAGCUCGACGGCGCCGAGACGCAAAAGCAGAGACGAAGGCGCGAGAUCGUCCAGGACGUCCUGCGGUCUCACAUCCAAGAGGUGCUGAAGCUACUAAACGAUCCCAACGACAGGGGCUCAGACACGCAGUCGCUGCUCGUCCCGGACAUGGCUCCCCCGUCGCCCGGCAACUCCCGCUACCUCAGCAUGGUGGGCCCCUCGCAGGCGCGCUUCGAGGACAUCAACGAGGAGGCGCCCGAGUUUAGGCAGCACAAGUUCAUGGAGGUGUAUUUUCAGGUGAUCCGGGGCAAGGUCAUCCCGCGCGCGUGGGACUCGGCGAACCGCAGGGCAAGCUUCACCGGGCAGGACGGCGUGCGCCGGAGGGCGAGCGUUGCGGGUGCGCCGCCGGGUUUCGGGCUACGGAAGCGCGGGACGGGCGGGACGCACGCGAGCGUGGCGGUGCAGACCGAUCCGGGGACGGUGACGCCGAGUAUCUUGCCGCCGGCGAUGGCGGGGGCCGACAUCAACAAGCCUCGGCCAAGUCCGCUGGAGAAUGAGAUCCUGCCCGAUGAGGAGGCUGGCGUCGAGUCGGACGACCACAACAUGAACCUGGCCGUGGGCAUAGACGACGAUACAGACGGCGAGGAGGGGGACGGCAUGCCGCUGCGGAAGCCAGAGUCGCUGGCCAACCAGCCCGUCUCGCACGACGAUGUGUGGUGCACGCUCGUCUUCCGGAUGAUUUGCUGGCUGAUGCUGCACGACUUCAACAAGCAGGACGUGCAGGUAAGCAAGAGCGAGCUCCUGGGCAGCCGGAUGCCCGUGUACAUUGCGUAG